CUGGCCGCCCUCAGCGCCCGCGCCGACGAGGAGAGCAGGGACUACAAAAAGUUAUACGAGAGUGCACUGUCUGAGAAUCAGAAGCUGAAGUCAAAACUGCAAGAAGCCCAGCUUGAGUUGGCUGACAUCAAAUCAAAGUUGGAAAAAGCAGCCCAGCAGAAACAGGAGAAAACGUCUGACCGGUCCAGCAUGCUGGAGAUGGAGAAAAGGGAGAAGCGAGCUCUGGAGCGGAAACUCUCUGAAAUGGAAGAGGAGAUGAAGAUUUUGACAGAGCUGAAGUCGGACAACCAAAGGCUGAAGGAUGAGAACGGAGCCCUCAUUCGUGUCAUCAGCAAGCUCUCCAAGUAG